AUGGAUCUCUUCUCCUUUCUAGAGGAUGGUCCCCAGGAGAACGAAGUCGUCCAGGACGAUGCUAUGGACCGUGAGCCUCCCUCGGAGAGUACAAGAAAGCGCAAAGUUGCGUCGCCGGAAAGAGAGAACUCUCCACGGAUAAAUAAUGAUGCUACACAUACAAAUGGCAGUGCAAAAAAUGGCGAGCCGGAAGCAGGUCCAUCUUCAAAAAGGCCGCGCGUAGGAUCACCCAAGCCCAUGGUCGUGGAUGAAGUCGAGAUCGAAGCGAAACGUGAAGUUGCAGCAAGCGCGGGAUUGACAGGAGCAGUAGAGGCUGGCUCUCGGCUUGAGCUCAAGCAUCAGGUGCGCCACCAAGUAGCGGUGCCGCCAGGGUAUCCUUAUGUGCCGAUUUCAAAUCAUGUACCUCCGGCAAAACCAGCCAGGGAGUACAAGUUUACCUUGGACCCGUUCCAACAAGUGUCUGUUCACGCCAUCCAGAGGAAUGAGAGUGUGUUGGUGUCUGCGCAUACCAGUGCUGGAAAGACGGUAGUAGCAGAGUACGCCAUUGCUCAAUGUCUGCAGAACAAACAGCGUGUGAUUUACACGAGUCCCAUCAAGGCAUUGAGCAAUCAAAAAUAUCGUGAAAUGCUGGCCGAAUUCGGAGACGUCGGUCUGAUGACCGGAGAUGUUACUAUCAAUCCGUCUGCAACAUGUCUAGUUAUGACCACCGAAAUUCUUCGGUCCAUGUUGUAUCGCGGAUCCGAAAUCAUGCGUGAAGUCGCUUGGGUGAUCUUCGACGAGAUUCAUUAUAUGCGGGACAAGGAGCGUGGCGUUGUAUGGGAGGAGACGAUCAUUCUCCUCCCACAUACCGUGCGCUAUGUGUUCCUGUCCGCCACCAUUCCCAACGCGAUGCAGUUCGCUGAGUGGAUCUGCAAGUCCCACGAACAACCAUGCCAUGUUGUGUAUACCGACUUCCGUCCGACGCCGCUACAGCAUUAUCUCUUCCCCGCAGGCGGCGAGGGCAUAUACCUAGUUGUUAAUGAGAAGGGCGAGUUCCGGGAGGACAACUUCAGCAAGGCGAUGGGCAUGUUGCAGGACAAAAUGGGCGACGACCCUGCCGACCCAAAGAGCGGCAAGGGCAGGAAAGGGAAGUCGAAAAAGGGCGGAGAAAAGAAAGGCCCGUCUGACAUCCAGAAAAUUGUGAAGAUGAUCAUGCUCAAGAAUUACAACCCGGUGAUCAUUUUUGCGUUCAGCAAGCGGGAGUGCGAGUCGCUUGCUCUCACCCUGUCCAAAUUCGAGUUCAACUCUACGGAUGAGCAAGACCUCGUCACAAAUAUCUUUAACAACGCCAUCGACAACCUCUCCCCCGACGACCGCAAGUUGCCACAGAUAUCCAACCUUCUACCCCUCCUAAAGCGUGGCAUCGGUAUCCACCACGGCGGUUUGCUCCCCAUCCUCAAGGAGGUCAUUGAGAUCCUCUUUCAGGAGGGUCUUAUCAAGGUGCUUUUUGCAACCGAGACGUUCUCCAUCGGCUUGAACAUGCCCGCGAAGACUGUCGUCUUUACUGCUGCGCGCAAAUAUGACGGCCGCGAGUUCCGUAAUCUCUCCUCUGGUGAGUACAUCCAGAUGUCAGGACGUGCCGGACGUCGUGGGCUAGAUGACCGUGGCGUCGUCAUCAUGAUGUGCGACGAGAAGCUUGAGCCGAGCGGCGCCAAGGAGAUGAUCAAGGGCGAGGCGGACCGUCUGGACUCCGCGUUCCACCUCGGAUACAAUAUGGUUCUGAACCUAAUGAAGGUUGAGGGGAUCAGUCCGGAAUUCAUGCUGGAGCGGUGUUUCUUCCAGUUCCAGAGCAGCGCGGGGGUUCCUCUACUAGAAGAUGAACUGCUCCGCGAGGAGGAACGGAAGCUAUCAAUGGUGGUCCCUGACGAAGAGCUUGUCGCGGAGUAUUACGGCUACCGGCAGCAGCUUGACCAAAUGGCCGCUGACUUCAAGGACGUCAUCACACACCCGAACUACAGCCUGCCGUUCAUGCAGACCGGCCGCCUGGUCAGGGUCAAAUACAAGGAGUUGGAUUUUGGUUGGGGCGUUAUCGCCAACUAUCAGAAGCGGCUCCCACCGAAGAACGCCCCCAUUGCGGACUAUUCGGAUAUCCCUCCGCAUGAGCAGUACAUCGUCGACGUUGUGCUUUACUGCACCAAGGAUUCUGCCCUGCCAAAAGACCGUAAUGUGACGACCGCGACUCCGGACGGUGUGCAGCCUUGUCCCUCAGGGCAGAAGGGAGAAGCUCUGGCGGUCCCCGUGCUGCUGUCGACUCUUGAGGCUAUCAGUAAACUGCGGAUACAUAUGCCUAAAGACCUGCGCUCUACACAGGCGAGAGAGACGGUGCACAAGAGUAUACAAGAAGUCCAACGCAGACUACCAGAAGGCAUUCCCCUGCUGGAUCCCAUCACGGACAUGGGCAUCAAAGACGACAAGUUCAGAGACCUUGUCAAGAAAAUGGAUGUCAUGGAAGGCAAGCUACACUCGAGCCCCAUGCACAAGGACCCACGACUCCCGCAGCUCUACACGCAGUACAAGCACAAGCAGGAAUGUCAGACGCGGAUACGCGAACUCAAGAAACGGAUACAGGCGACAAACGACGUGCUUCAGAUGGAAGAGCUGAAGAAUCGAAAACGCGUCCUUCGCCGUCUCGGGUUUACAACUUCCGCGGAUAUUGUCGACAUGAAGGGCCGAGUCGCUUGUGAGAUCAGCACCGGAGACGAGCUACUUCUGACCGAGCUCAUUUUCAACGGUGUCUUCAACCCACUAUCGCCUGAACAAUGUGCUGGGCUGCUCAGCUGCUUCGUCUUCACGGAAAAGAGCGAGCAAGUAACGAAACUCAAAGAGGAGCUCGCCGCCCCGCUGCGUGUCAUGCAAGAAAUGGCACGUCGGAUAGCGAAGGUUUCGAAGGAGUCUAAACUUGACAUCAGCGAAGACGACUACGUCAAGUCGUUCAAGGUCGAGCUCAUGGACGCCGUUGUGCAAUGGUGCCGCGGUGCUUCGUUCGCUGAAAUUUGCAAGCUCACGGAUCAGUUCGAAGGCAGCCUCAUCCGUGUGUUCCGCCGGCUGCAAGAGCUCAUCCGGCAAAUGAGUCAGGCGGCGAAGGUCAUCGGGAACAACGAGCUGCAGGAGAAGUUCGAGAAGGCCUCGGAGAUGCUCGAGCGACCCAACUCGGUCAUAUUCUGCUCGUCGCUGUACCUCUAGGCCCCUCCGGUGCCCGGGUAAUGCAUAAGCCAUCUCUGCUUCGUCGCCCAGCUCGCGCCCCGCGUUCUGCCGUUCUAUUUCUUCCCCCAAGCAUCCGGGGGUCCUGCACGCUCACACUCGCACGAUACGUUGGGUUAUUUGUACACUCGAUAUAUUCCCAGCUAUUCUUGCCCUUUGCACAUAACUUAUACAUAGCGUAGUUUUCGUGGAUGCGUGAACGCCCCACGCCUCGUUC